GCUUCUGGAAAAAAUUCAUGAGACUAGUUUCACGCACAAUAUUUGUUCAUUUAGCUUUAUUGCUGUAGCCACCUGUUAUUGGUGUAUCGCUUUUUGUACUCGAAUUUGCAUAGACUUGUCAAGGAGACAAGAUGCUUCAUUUUUUUGUACAAUACAACACUUCCACCAGCAAUAGUUAUCAGGUUAUCAGCAAUAGUUAUAAGGAUGUACGACAAAAGUGUUGAGCUUAUGUGUGUCAAUGUGAAAGUACUCAUUUUAUGACUUAUCACUCAUGAUGACCUGUCUAACUUGAAACAUGAACUUGAAGCAGACUCUCCACGGUAACUGAGCACUAAAUUCAUCACAGUGUUAUUUAUUAAACUGCUAUGAAUAAGACAACCUUUUUUUCCUUUUUUUUUAUACGUGGAAGUCGCGCGAGAUCGCGACAAACACUGCACAGGAAUCAAGUUUCAAGGAAUGUAUUCACAUACGUCGCUUGUAUAACUACAAAAAAAUGAAACAUGUUUCUGCGUGACCUAUGGUUAUAUAUUGGCACAAUUUUCUCUUCAGAAUAUGCGAAGUUAUGUGAAAAAAGCAGUGGGAAUAAAAGUGAAGCAGCAUCGUUGGGAUGAAAACAACCAUAGUUUUGAGAAAUAAUGGAGAAGCAGCAAUCAAGAUGGUUUAUUUGGUUUACUUUUGCAGUCAUAUUUGUUAUUAUAACAAUUUUCUAUAUUCUACUGAAUGAAGAAAAUACUGCCUUAAAAAAAAGAAGCAUCACGCUUUCGCCUAGCAUUUCCUUCCAAGAAAAAGUGAAAAGUCGUAUUAAGAAGAAGGUAAUUAUUUUCGUUGGUAUCAUGAGUGCACCACGGAGAAAAGAGCGUAGGAAUGCGAUCAGAACAACAUGGUUGAAACAAUGUCGAAAAAACAGCAUACCUUGCCUGUUUUUCACAGAUGCUCGGGACAUGUAUGGCAACCUUUUGCCACCGAGAAUUCGCGCACCACUCAUGAAAGAGCAAUCGAUUCACAGGGAUUUGAUCCUAGCACAAAGUCCUGGAGGUAUUAAUUUUGCUCUCCGAUAUCUGUGGAUGCUAAACUGGGCAAAUUCUCGUUACAAGUUUGAAUAUUUUUUGCGCGUCGACGAUGAUUAUUUUGUGUGCAUGGAUAGACUUGUGCGUGAGUUACCAUAUCGUUCACAAAAAAAACUAUACUGGGGUUAUGUACAUUGUUCGCCACCGGGCGGCAUCAGAGUUGACGAAGGCUUUGUAAUCGUUAGCAAUGAUCUGGCUCAACAUUUUCUCCGCGAACGAAAUUCAUCUCUCAUGUGCCACCCGUACGGUGACCAGGCGAUGAUUAUGUGGAUUAACAAUAUUCCAGGGGUAACGUACUUCGGAGACCCAAGGGUGAUUAAUGACGUUGUGGACUACACUUCUAUAGUAAAGACGGGUGAUAUUUGUGCCAGUUUUUUAGGUCUGCAUGGCAGCUAUCCAUGGAAAAUGAAGAAAUUCUGGUCACGGUUUUUGGAAAUGAGAACUGAGACGUACCAUGUACCAGAAAUAACUUAUCCGUGCGGCUCUCAAAGCAAGACUUUCGUGUACAAAAAUUUUGGAGGAAUGUUUUAUGCAGUGCCAAGGCCUUGUAAGGAAAACCCAGCGUGGCAGAUAGGUGAAUUUUAUCAAGGAAGGGAGAGCUGAGCCGAUCAGAUGGAAUGAAAUGCUAGUGUCCUUAACAUGGCUGAAGUAUUCAAAUGAUAACAUGUUGUCGUUGACUAUAAAUAUUUAUUAAAUUUUGCAUAAGUCUUCUUGGAAAAUAUCUAUCUUCCUGGAAAAAAUUUAUCAAGGUUUUUUAUGAUAAAUGCCUUUGUUACAAUUACAUAUGAUACUUGCAAAUUUUAGUGAUUUUCAUAGAAAGAGCUUUUUCAGGAAUUUGUGUUUUAUAUUAUUGCUUUGUUUCCUGAUGACAUGUUAAAGCAGGAGUAUUUACUUCACAGACAUUCGGUCCCGUUCGAAAUCCAAGGAAUAUCAACUCUGCUCUACAUUGUUUGUAAAUGUUGUACAGGCCACUGCACAAUACAAGUUAAAUAUAACUCUUAAGCGUUUAUGAUGACUAUUUUUUAUGUGUAGACGUGUAUAACUACUAAAUGUAAUACUUUCUAAUUUUAAAACUUUCAUAUGUUCGCUUGAGAAAUUUGAUUACAAGAGUUUUUAAAACGA